AUGCCUCUUCCAUGGAGAUUAAAUAAACGUAUGAUUACGCGUGAAGACAAUGAUGCUAAAAAUUCCACAUCAAACUAUGUAUCACAUAGUAACACACAGACUUAUGCACGAAAACCAAGUCAUGAAUCAGAAUCAAACCUCCAUGAAGUUAAAAAAUCCAACUGUGUUCCACCAAAAGGUAUUAUAUUCAACUAUAACAUACAGAAGAGGUCCACACAUACUACAAAUGAAAAUAAAUCUGUUACUAAGGAAAAUGAAAAUGACAAUCACACAACCAUCAUAGAAUCAAAUGCAGAAAAUAAUGAUAAUUCUGGAAUUGAUGAUAGUAAUAUUAAACCAAACAAAAUGUACAAAAUAGUUAUUGUUGAUGGGAAUAUAAGAUUAGCUGAAUAUGAUGAUGAUGAUAUUAUUGAGGAAAAUGAUGAAGGAAACAAAGAUGAAAGUGAUAGUGAUGUUGAAUUUAUUGAUACUGAUGAUCAUUUAGAAGUCAACAAGAACAAUAAUUGCAGCUUGAGGAAAUAUGAAAUAAUCAAAGAAGUCAAUACUGGUCCAGAAGAUGAAACAAAUUUGACUCCCAUAAAACCAAUGGCUCUCACAAAACCAAUGCCUAUUGUUUCAAACCAACAUGAUAACUGCACAGUGCCUAACAUUCUGAAUCAUAAUUUACAGUCAGUGCCCCCCAAAACAUACACACGAAGGAAAGACAAUGUUAGUUUCAUGAGCAUGGCAAAGUUAGCAAGUAUAAAUGGCCAAAAUUCAUCCAAAAAUAAUAUUCACACUACUAAAAAGAAUUUAGCUGAAGCUAGAAGUGGAAAAGCCAUGGUAUUGCUUCCUUUGCAAAAAUACACCAGUCUAAAAAAGAAACUGGCAGAUAUACAAAAAGAAAAAGAAAUAUGGAUAGAGUUAGAGACAAAAUAUAAAAAAGAAAAAAUUGAAGCAGAACAGAGAGUCGUGAAAAAGAAUACAAUAGGUGUUCAAACUGGUAAAUGUCACAGCGAAGAGUUGGAAGAAUUGAACUUAUUGAAAGCGCGGUUGGCCAAAAUGUUCACUGAAGCUCAAAUUAAUAUGAUAAGCAACUCCAAGAAGUUGAGAGAUAUUGUGUGGUCAGACUCGGAGAUGGAGAAGGUGGUAUUCCUCAAGCAGAUAAUUAGCCAAACGGCAUACGUGUUUCUGAAAUAUAAGAUGCGUUUUCCGUUGCCGCCUUUAUCCGCUGUCAAGCAAUGGAUGAUAAAAAAAAAUAUUUAUGUAAAACCUAGUAGAAAAGAGAAGAUCCAAAAACCAGCAAAAACUAACACCAGGAUGGUUGGAGAGGAACUAAACUUGGACAACACACAAAUUCCACUACCCUUAGAACCUCUCAAUUCCAAUGUACAUAAUGAAACCCAGGGCAUACACACUUUACAAACCCAGACGGUGUCAGAAACAGCAGACGCCGUAAACUCCAUAAUUGAUGAUCAGCGACCUCAGGAUGUGGAGUUUGGGAGUACUCUUCAAGUUUAUUCCACACUGUCUGGCCCUACUGAUGCUGGUGAACAAUUUGUGUAUUAUUCGUAUGAGAAUGUAAACAACGAGAAUGAUGGAGACGACGCUAAUUAUUUGCCAGACGACAAUAUAUCGACGGUAGAGGAAAUCGUACACUCGGAGGUGGUCAGACCUCCGAAGAAGACAGUGGCGGAGGCGACGUUGAGGUGUCGCUUGUGCAUGCGCCCCUUCGACACUGACCAGGAAGUUAGGCAACACGUACCCCUCCACUACUACAACACAUACUAUACCAGUUACUUGGAUGCUGUGAAACCAUUCGUGUGCGAGUUCUGCAACGAGUCGGUGAAGCACAGGUUCGACCUGGUUCAUCACCAUCGGAUACAUCUCGGUAUCAACUCACUCAAAUGCUGGUUCCCGGGCUGCACUUACAUUGGCAAGAACGUGGGGAGCCUGAAGUCGCACCACGACAGCCACAGGGCGCGCUCGUGCAGGUGCGCGGAGUGCGGCGCGCUGUUCAAGACGCGCAAGUCGCUGCGCCAGCACGUGGCGCGCCGCCACGCUGCGCGCGCGCUGCUGCGCUGUGCGCUGUGCCGCGCCACGUGCCUCACGCUCUACACCUACCGCAAGCACAUGGACUCGCACCAGCGCCCGCCGCGUAUAAAAUGCGUGGAGGCGGGUUGUGGGGAGUCGUUCUACUCGCGCGCGUCGCUGCGCAAGCACGUGUCGGACGCGCACCGCGUGACGGCGCGCCCCUACCGCUGCGGCCGCUGCCCGCGCGCGCACUACGCGCUCGAGGCGCAGCUCAACAGACACUUGCAAAAACAUGAAACCCACAAGAUCAGCCACUGCGUCAAGUGUCUGAAGGUGUUCUACGACUACGGCGAGUUCUACACGCACUACAUGGAACACAAGGACUCGGAGCACAAGUGCAAAUGUACCUGCGGUCAAAAAUUUUUUACUCAGGAGGAACUAGAUGAACAUAAGUUACAGUGUACAUUUGUUAGCGGGGACAAUACUAAAAAAAAUAAAAAGCGAAAACGGAAAGAUAAAAACGCUGAAAACACAGACCAGACCGACACGACGAUUAAUGGCCAAACGAAGCGCAGAAGAACCAUAAAGGUUAAAACUUGUUCCACUGAACAAAAUAGUGUUGUAAAUGAAAAAUCAUAUGAACGUAAUAUUACUGUGGAACAAGAAAAUAACGAAAAACAAGUUAGUGAAGAAAAUCAAACAUUUGAACAAGACCAACAGGAGCGUAUUUCUGCAGAACCUGUAAUUUCUGAAGAUAUCAAAGAAAAAGUAAUUACACUGCAAAUAAAGAACAAUCAAGCAGUAAUUAAGUUGGCAAAUACUUAUCCAAAUAUAACGAACAAUUAUAUGCAAGUUGUAUCAACGACAGACAGACAGUUACAAAAGUAUAUAGUAAUACCUAAACGUGACCAGAAAGUACUCACAAAGUCGGCCCUGCAGCAAAAAGUUAUUGCAAAUGUGGGUAGCCAGCAACAAAAAGUUAUUGCAAAUGUGGGUAGCCAGCAACAAAAAGUUAUUGCAAAUGUGGGUAGCCAGCAACAAAAAGUUAUUGCAAAUGUGGGUAGCCAGCAACAAAAAGUUAUUGCAAAUGUGGGUAGCCAGCAACAAAAAGUUAUUACAAAUGUGGGUAGCCAGAAACAAAAAGUUAUUACAAAUGCAGGUAGUCAGCAAGAAAAUUUUUUUUCGGUGUCAGAUAAUCAAGCACGAAAAGUUAUUACAGUUCCAGACAAUCACUUUCAAAAACUUAUAGUAAUGCCUAAAAAAUACCAGCAUAAUGUUAAUUCUAUCUCUGAAAAUGUCGGCCGGAAUGUCAUUUCCGUGCCAGAAAAUAAUCUACAAAAGGUUUUUGUAGUAUCAAAUGAGCAACGAAAUAAUAUCUCGCAAGAAAAUAACUCAACACCCCCUGGUAACCAAAAUAAUAUCGUUCAAGUUUCUCCUAACGAACACAAAAUAAAAAAUUUACUAACUGAAAACAAAGGACACUGUCCGAAGAAACUAACACCCAUCGCCAAGGGUAGUGUUCUAGAAAAAACGAUUGCGAUGUCAACAAUAGAUAAAAUCAUAUCAGGGCCUCAAGGAAACUAUAUAAAAAAAGUUCUGGCUUUGCCCAUAGACAGUCCACUAAAAAAAAUAAUUACAGAGUCUGAAAAUCCAGGAACAGAGUCUUAUAAUCCAGUUAACAGAAUAAUAGGAGACCAGGAUCCAUUUCAGACAGUUACAACAGACCAUGAAAGUCAUGUGAUGGAAGUGACAUCAGACUAUGAAAUUUCAGUGGUACCUAAAAGUUCCCUUAUAACACACCAUGAAGGUCGAACAAAAAAUGUAAAAGCUGCCCCUGAAAGUCCCCUAAAAAAAGUUAUAGCAAUACCUGAAAUGCAAUGUCAAAAUAAGUUAAUACCCAUCUGUAAUAAAAAUAACCAAAAAAUAUUAAAUUCAAUUCCUAUAGAAAACCAGGUGAAGAAAGUUAUUAAUUCAAACAAAUUAGUUGUACAAAUACCUGGAACAAGGAAAUUACAUAGGGUCACGGGAAUAACUCGCCAACAAUUGGUGGCUGCGCUAGCAAAUAGACCAAAGAAACUUAUUUCGAUAUCAAAUAGUAUUAAUAAUAAUCAUACAACAAAAGAUAAUCAAGUCCAGGAAAGCGCUGACCAACCAGAUAUGCCUAUCCUAGACUAUUGA